UCUUAUUUUGGCUGGUGCACUGCCUUCAGCUUCGUGCCACUAUUGGUCAAAAUGUUCACUGCGUCAUACUCGCUGCGCUGUUUCAUGCUCCCCGAUGUAAUCUACAUAGUCAAUGCCAAAAAGUAGAUAGACUGUUCAUAUGGCCCAGUCAUUUUAACUUCCCACAUGUAUAUUAUGUAACUUAACGUUAACUGAUCACACAAGAUUUGUCUUUAGAGAGAAUCAACUUUGAACAAAAUAAGUCUUAUUAAGGUGUUAUUAUAACUUUGCUAGCUUCACAGAUGGUGCCUCUAAAGCGCAGGAAAGUAGUCUCAACAUCGUCUGUAACGGACACUGACAUUAAAGCCACGAAAUACCCAGACACCGUCAUCUUUAUCUUAGAGAGAAAGAUGGGAGCCAGCCGCAGGACUUUCCUUAGUCGGCUUGGACGAAAUAAAGGAUUCCAGGUCGCAGAACAGUUCAGUGAGGCUGUUACACAUGUCGUCGCGGAGAACAACUCAGGGGAUGAGGUGCAGGCCUGGCUUGAGACUCAAACUGUUAGUCGCACUACGGCUAAUGUGGUUCAUUUGUUGAACAUCAGCUGGUAUACAGAAAGCAUGGCUACUGGCAAACCUGAGAGCAUUCAAGAGAAACAUAAAUUAAAGAUGAGCCACACACCCAGUCCAGUCAUCUCUGCGGUCUCUGCAAAGAGUUACGCCUGUCAGAGAAGAACUCCUCUGAAGCACCACAACUUGUUUCUGACUGAACCGUUGGAGUUGUUGGCAGAGAAUGCUGAGUUGGGUGAGAACGAGGGGCGGAGCGUGGCAUUCCGGAGGGCGGCAGCCAUCUUGAAGACACUCCCACUUGCGGUGAAGAGGAUGGAGGACCUGCAGGGUCUGCCCUGUCUUGGCGACCACUCGCUACGCGUUGUCAAGGAGAUCUUAGAGUACGGGUCAUCACAGGAGGUGGAGUCAACGCGGCACUCAGAGCAGUUUCAGGCCAUGAAGGCGUUGACGGGCAUAUUUGGAGUCGGGGUGAAGACAGCUGAUCGCUGGUUUAGGGAGGGACUCCGCUGCCCAGCAGACGUGGCCAAAUCAGAGCAGAGACUGAACAGCUCCCAGCAAGCAGGCUUGCUGCACCACGAGGACCUCAGCCAGCACGUCAGUCGGGCAGAAGCCGACGCCAUUGGUCAGAUCGUAGAGAGGGCGGUGCAGGAAGUCCUGCCAGGAGCUCAUAUCACACUGAUAGGAGGAUUCAGGAGGGGAAAAGAAACGGGCCAUGACGUGGACUUCCUCAUCACUCACCCAGAGGAGGGGAAGGAGGAGGGCCUUAUGCCCAAAGUGGUCCAGUGGCUGGAGACUCAGGACCUGCUCCUGUAUCAGAAAACUACCAGGAACUCCUACCUGGAAUCCAAAGAGGGGCCUGCACGGCCCCCUAACAACAUGGAUCGCUUUGAGAGGUGCUUCUCCAUCUUUAAGCUGGAGCGGAGAGCCUCAGGGGAAGCACACUCAUCUGCCCAGGCCACGGAGGGGGAACCUGGGGGUGGGGAGGGACGAGCCCCUGGGCCAGAGCCACUGCCACAGCGCCGCCCUGCUGGAUGGAAGGCCGUCAGGGUGGACCUGGUAGUCAGCCCCUUCAGUCAGUUUGGGUUUGCUCUGUUGGGCUGGACUGGCUCCAAGCUGUUUGAGAGGGAGCUGAGGCGCUGGGCAGGUCGGGAGAAGAACAUGUCCUUGAGCAGUCACGCCCUCUACGACAACAGCAAGGGAUGCUACCUCAGAGCCAGUACAGAGGAAGAGAUCUUCAGCCACCUGGGACUGGACUACAUCCCACCAUGUGACCGCAAUGCCUGAUUGGUGAAGAGGUCUGUAGAAGGGGGGAAUCAGCAGUUGAAUUCACUCUUCGGUUCCUGUGUGGAUCCAAAACCUGUAGAACCCAAAGAAUCUUGUAUAACUCUGCUCUGCACCUAAAUUCAAAUCUGCACCUCAAAAUGGCCGCUCAGGCUGAUUCACCGCACUGCAUCGGCUGAUUCCCCCGUUAGUCACCAGUGGUUUCCAUGAGUCACGAUAUCUGCUGGGUCACUUCCUCGCUUCCAGAGCAUCCCUCGCAUGUGAAGAAAAGAGCCUCAAGCUCAGAAAAGAAAACGCCUGACUUGCAAGAGGAUUAUUUUGCUUCUGUUUUGGUUUGUAUGUUCCGCAAUAACAUUCCUUAUUCUUCACUCUCAUGCCUUUAUGUUUUUAGAAAUGUUAGAACUAGCUGUAUUUUCUUUGAAAAGGUGUGAACAUGGACUUAGAUAUGAGGUAUUUCAUUUUGCUGUGAUGUGUCAGUGCCUUCACACACACCCACAUAAAGGCUGGGGUCACCCUUAAGUGAACAGCUCUCAUCUGCCCUGACUCACUCUGCUCUGGGCUCAUUCCAAUGCGUUUGCUUUGCAGAUAUGAAACGCUAUAUCCACUGCAUAAUGUGCUCUUACCCUUUGUUACUGUCUACUGCAGAGGACUUUCAUCUCUAAAAUUCAUCAGGGGACACGGCUCCUGACACUAUGAAAUGUUACAUGACAUUUUUUACGGUCUUAAUCUAAAUAGUUCUAUAGCCCUGCGAUUGAACAGCUGUUCGUUUGACACUAUGUUAGGUCCUUGUAUGGUCUUGAACUGUCUUGACAUUUUUUAAUAUAUGGCAAAAUGCACUUUAUAUGUCAGAGCUCUCUCAACCAAGUAUUUGAAAUGGAUUUACAGUUGUGUACAAUGACCACGGUCUUGGACAGAUAUUGAGAUUGAACAGACUGAGAGUUUAAUGUCGAGCACAAUGACCGAAAGUGACGUGACUGACUGCAGAGAUGUCUAGUGUGUGUGUUGAAAUCUUACAGGGUGUACACACCACUACCUCGAUGGUAACAGCUGCAGGGGCUGAUUUGGUUGCUAGCAUAUGAUAGCUUUGCCUGUAUUUCCAUUUAGGUUUUGUGAAAUAGAGAAGCAAGCAGUGCCUUUAGGGAAGUAGCAUAUAACACUGUAAGAAUGAAAUGGCAGAUUUAAUAAUUAUGUGUGUGUGUGUGUUGUUAGUGUGUGUGUGUGUGUGUGUGUGUGUGUGUGUGUGUGUGUGUGUGUGUGUGUGUGUGUGUGUGUGUGUGUGUGUGUGUGUGUGUGUGUGUGUGUGUGUGUGUGUGUGUGUGUGCGUGCCUGUGUGCUUAUAUACAUUUUGUAAUGGUGAGACAAAUUGCACAGUAUGUGUGUAAUCUGUAUGUGAGCAUAUCAGCUUUUCUCAUCAGUGUAAACAUGGCUUGAUAGUUAUUUAGCAUAAUAACAGCCCAAACAAGCCCAAACUACCUUGUUUUAUCUGUCCUGAAAUGGGAAACCGGAAACUUUUAACAUCCAUUUCAAUAAAAUUUACCUUAAAAUAUAUUUUAAGUAACCAUUUGUUGUCCCAACAACAAAAAGGUGUUUGGAGGUGGGGGAUUGUGUGAUGAAACAGAUAUGUUUUGUGGUUUACAUACAUACAUACUUACACUCACUCUGUUUUUGUCUUUCUGUCUGACACACACACACAUCACACACUGUGGUUCUUUCUCAGUUUCAACAGGUGUUACAUUCACUUUCUUAUCAGACAUGGUACACACACAUACUGUAAUGCAGGCCUUAUGUUGUUUAAAGUUCUGUUAUAUAUGAGAUGUUUUGUUAAGUUAUACUAUUGUUAUUGGUUGAAAUGUUAAUUUUAUUAUCAUGACACUGGUUGAAAGCAUACCACUGUGACUGAGCUGUAUUACCUUGGUACUUUUACUUCUGUUCGAGUCUGCAAACACAGGUAUGAAAAGUCAUGAGAUGUUCAAUGUGAUGACCCAUAUCUUGGAGAUAAAACACACCUGGCUGUUCAGUGUUCCGUUUAAACAGGAAGACAUGUAGGACAAACGAUGCAAAAACUCAAGCUUUUGAAAUAAAGGAGCAAGACUGAU